AUGAUUUCCGCGGUGGAGUUCAAUGCUCUGGUAUGUGUCAUACUUUUUGUUGGGGUGAAUGCACUUGCCGAAAUGGUGAAACCGAUUUUUGGUGGACGUGGUGUUUAUUAUUUGAGGAAUGUAUUUCCUGUCGAUACUUAUUCGAAUAAACGUUUGAUCAUCUCACGACAUAUUAGAUUGCUGCUACAACCUCCAAAGCAAGAUCACGAGACUUCUAAAGGACUCUUCAAGCUCGUCGAUGAUACUCGCCAGCACAUUGAGAUGUUGCGAGCCAUGGAAGUGGAACCCUGUGAGGAGAUGAUAGUGAUUGUCCUUGAAGACGCAUUACAUCGGCUGACGGCUGACGAUUGGGAUAAAACCUUGGGGAAGAAUUCAUUUCCCAAACUUGAUGACUUACUGGAAUUCAUGUCGCAUAGGGCGACAAGAUUAGCAAGCAGAGAAAUGAUCAAGACGGCUUCAUCAAAUGCAAUGAUCAGCAGUAACCAGUCAGAUGACCGUAGAGGACUCAAGAGGACACAUGCACGGGCAUUCCUAUCCAGCACUGAAAGAGUGGAACGAGAUUGUUCAAUAUGUAACAAGGAAUCUCAUCCACUAUUCAAAUGUGAAUGUUUCAAAUCAAUGUCAGCAGCACAACGAUUUCAAAUUGCUAAAGAAAAAGCGUACUGCUACAAUUGUUUGAGGAACAAUCAUCGGAGCAGUGAUUGCUAUUCUACCUCCAGUUGUCGAGUGUGUUCGGAAAGACAUAAUACUCUCCUUCAUGCUGCAUUCAACCCCAAGAAAAAUGACAAGCCACACCAGGAUAACAAGGAAGAACUGCUAGGACAAACCUCUUCUAGCUGA